UUUUGGAAUGCAAAUUACCUAUCCAUGUACCGGGAACGGAUGUGAUUGGGUGUGUUAUUUAUUAAUGACUCAUGGGCGGGAAUAAAGCGUUUGGCCUUUUGAUGGAUGUCUACUGACCGCCUGGAUGGCUCAUUGCCCUAUAAAAUAAGGGAUUGCUGAGACGGGGGCGCGUCAGCCUAAUAGAGACAGUUUAUCAUGGAGGACUCCACAGAAUUCAUUCUCCAGGAUCAAGGCUCCAGGAUGGUCCAUAGCAGUAAGGACAACCCCAUCCUGACAGUUGCUACUGGGGCUUUGCUCGCUGGCCUCUACGGGAUGUGGACUAUGUUUGCCCUUCCUGGCUUCCGCAAAGUGCCAAGAAGACUCAAGGUGCCUUACCUGCCCUCGAGUAAAGCUCAGAUCGUAAACGCCAUGCAGCUGCUGGAGGGACGCAGAGGCCAACUAGUUGAUCUGGGAUCAGGAGACGGGAGACUGGUGUUUGCUGCCUACUCUGUUGGCCUCCAGUGUACUGGAUUUGAGAUCAACUCCAUGUUGCUGGCAUAUGCUAGAGUGAAGGCACGCUGGACAGGAGUAGCACCCAGCCAGGCAAACUUUGUCAACAAGGACUUCUGGAAGACUGAUUUGUCAAACUACAACAACGUGACUGUAUUCCUAGCCCCAGGAUUGAUGGAGGUGCUGGGUGAGAAGCUUCUGAGGGAGCUUCCUGAUGACGCGUGUGUCGUCGCCUGCCGCUUCCCCUUCCCCCAGUGGCCCCACCAAGCAUCGCAGGGCGACGGCCUCGACCAGGCCUGGGCCUAUGACAUCAGCACUGUACGCUCAGCCCUGGGCCAGGCAUGACCCUAUGACCUUAUACUGUGCAUCGAUGACUGGAUUAAUCCUAAUGUCGUUCACUGGUUCACACCAAACCCAAUAUAUGCUAAUUAACAGUUGAACAAGAUGAGAGAAAAAAAGAAACCCGCACACUGCUCUUGAUAGUAUCACUGCUCUUUACUAAGCUCUACAUAUCGGCCUCAUGUCCUUCCUCAGAGCUUUUGUGUUAAAAAAAUGGUUUUACACCCUUAUGUAGACAUAGCUCCACUCACAUCUGUUCAAUGCAUCGAAUGGGAUUGGAGUUGAGGGAAAAUUUAUUCGAAUAUUUAUGAAAUGCACAUUGUUAUAUUUGGUAACGCUUACUUAAGUGUUUACAUAAAACAUAUUAAACACGUCUGUAAAACCACAAUGAGGACAUCAACCCAUCAAGCAAGUUUUCAUAAAUCAUUGGUUACAGCGCAAGAAAAUCAGAGUAAUUUGAAAUGGUGGCAUUAAUUCAUGUUCACAUUUACAACAUAAUGUAUAAAGGCAUUUCAUCAUUAAGACCUUUAGGAAAUAAUGUCUGGAGGGUGAAAAUCCCAAAACAUUGUCUUUAGCUCAGAGUGUUAUUUAUAUCGCCUCCCAUGUCUGAUAUCUUAACUUUCUCUAUGCCACAAAUUCAAAAGGUAGAAAUGUCAUGUUUUUGGUCUUUAAAAUGCACUGUGACUAGAUAAUACCUGUCAUUUCUCCUGAUUGAACUAUUACGUUCACUAAUUGUCUGUUUGAGAGAACCAGAGGUUUUACCUACAGAACACAGCCCACAUGGACAUUUAAUAAGGUAAAUAACAUGGGUGGUAGAGCACGUAAUAAUGUCAUUUAUUUGGAACCGUUUUCUUGUAUGUGGGUGGCAGAAAUAUUCACACUUCAUUAUAUUGUUGCACUGUGCACAACCUCUGCAUUUAUAGUUACCAUUCGGAAGAGGGCGUUAAAGAGCCCGGCUCAUUUUCUUUUGUGGCUGGUAGUUGGCAUGGACCAAUUUCUCGUGUAAAUUGCUACCUCCUAUAUACAAUAAAUCGUGGAUUCUUAAAUUCAGUUGGCAAAGCUGGGUCUGAUCAUAAAACAUGCCCGUGUUUCUUGACAGCAUCUCCCACUUUGCGCGAGUUCAAAGUAUAUGUGGAGGUGAACAUUACAGAGUGUUCUUUAGCUUUAGUGGGUCUUUUUUGUAGCAGUUCAUCUCGUGUUUUCACUAAUGCCAAAUUAAGAGCUUCAUCCACACAUUGUAAUACUAGCAAGAGCAGUUUGUUGAUUUAUUGAACAAUAUAUGAAGGGCGAGGUGUGUGCCAAGCUUCAUUGGUCACAUGUAAAGGAAGGGAAUUAUAAACAUGUCCUUACACUGUUAUUAAACCAGGUGCCAGAUACUGUAUGUCCUGUGUGAACAAAUAUGCAGAGCAUUUGAAGUAAUUAUGUAAAUUAGUCUUUCCCACUGUGGUGUGAAAGUAAGGUUGCAAACUGAGAGAAAUUAAUACAAUUCUAUUUUCUGGAUGAUUUUGACAAUGUUUUUUGUUCCCAGCUGGGUUAUUGUGUUAUAAAAUGUCCAUUCUG